CACGUUAGCGUGUCGGCACAGGUUCUCCUCAUGGGCAUAGCCCGGGCGAGGCUCAGCCUGUAUAUAUGACUUAUCCUUGACAACUCGCACGCCAGUUACCGUUCGCGGUCGGGAAGUGUCACAGUGCACGCUGACUCGGGUCUUAGAUUCUAGAGGAUGAUUGGAGUAACAUGGCUGCUGUUGGGUGCGGCGCUAGCACUGUUUUGGGCAUAUUCGUGGUGGAAACACAGAUACUGGGCAAAUAAAGGUGUGCCCACUCCGCCUGUGGUCCCUUUCAUCGGUCAUGCGCAUAAAUUGUUUCUCGCAGAUAAAAGAUGUAACUUUGAAAAAGAGAUCUAUUUCAACUGUAGUGGAUCAAAGUUAAGUGGUGUCUACUCCUUCCACGAGCCCGUGUUACUGGUGGGCGAUCCAGAACUCAUGAGGCACAUUUUCGUGAAGGACUUUGACCACUUUAUGGACAGAAGGACACUAAACAUGCCGAGCGAGAAGGACAAAGUAAUGGCCAACAUGUUGUCUCUAAAGACAGGCGAAGAGUGGAAGAAACUGAGAGCCAUCAUGUCUCCCACUUUCACUUCAGGCAGAAUGAAGGGGAUGUUCCCGCUCGUGUGUAAAAAGGCCGACGACCUCGUCUCCUUCUGCCUGAAGGAAGCUCGCACGAAGCCCUUUGUCGACAUGAAGUAUAAUUUUGGCCGCUUCACCAUGGACACAAUUGCUUCCUGUGCCUUUGGUAUUGAAUGCAAUUCACUAGUGGGUGAAAAGGCAGAAUUUGCUGAAAAGGUUGAGACUUUUUUCAAAAUGACGCCGGGAAUGAUGUGUAGACUUCUUUUCCUGAGCAUAUUUCCUAGACUUGGCAAUCUACUUAAUAUGAGAUUUUCAGUACCAGCAACAGAUUUCUUUACGGAAGUUGCCCGUGAGACCAUGCGAACGAGGCAAAGUGGAAAUAAAAGAGGAGACUUUUUGGAUCUGUUGCUGGAGGCAGAAGUCUCCACUGGCGAUGCCGAAGGAAUCACGGCAACGCAAGACGACAGUAAAUCAUCCCAGUCUAAGCAAGCACUGGAUGAACUGACCAUCAUCUCCCAAAGUGUCAUGUUCCUGGUCGCCGGUUACGAUACCACAGCCUCCACGCUGGCCUUUGCGUCCAUCCUACUUGCCAAGCACCCAGAGAUCCAGCAACGCCUUCGUCAGGAGAUCAGUGAAAUAGUCGAGGAACACGGCGACAUAACCUACCAGGGGAUUAUGGAAGCCAAAUAUCUUGAUGCUUGUGUCAUGGAAACCCUUCGUAUGUACCCACCGGGGCUUUUCCUGGAGCGCAAGUGUGUAAAGGAAUACAAGAUCCCUGGCACGGACGUGACCAUCGAGCCUGGCUUAAUAGUAACAUGCUCGAUCUUCAACAUCCAACGGGACCCGAAGUACUGGCCUGAGCCCGAGGAAUUUCGCCCCGAGCGCUUCUUGCCGGAGAACAAGGCGAACAUCACCAACUUAACGCACAUUCCCUUCGGAAUCGGACCCAGGAACUGUAUAGCGAUGAGAUUUGCCCUCAUGGAAACCAAAGUUGGUCUGGCCAAGAUGCUCCUUGCCUCAGACAUGAAGUUGGCACCAGGACACGAAGAAAUUAAGACUGACUUUGGCUUUGGUUUGCUGAGGCCAAAAGACGGGGUUAACCUUCUCCUGACACCUUUGAAAGAAGAGUGAAAAAGGAAAGGAGAGAGAGAGAGAAAGAGAGAGAGAAAGAGAGAGAGAGAGAGAGAGAGAGAGAGUCAUUUAUUCCCAAUGAAGACAAGAUUGAGAAAGGACAGAAAGGAAGAACAUGUAUAACGUGCCUUAUCAGUACCUUAUUCCUGUACAUUAGAAGGGGGCGUCUGAAGCAAUUGUCUGAAAUCUUUCGUAUGUUGGAUACGUCAUUUUAAAUUUUACCUUUACUUGCUAGCUAUUAAUAUAUCUCCAUUCUAACACCAGAAUGAAGGUAGAAAAUGAAUUAAUGAUAAUUAUAAUGAUGAUAACGAUGAUAAUAAUAAUAACAAUAUAAUGAUAAUAAUAGUGAUAGUAAUGUUGAUAUAAAGUCUUCCAUUCAAAGUGCAAAAACAGCAUCGAAAUGAAAAAAACGCAAAAAAAUCAUAUAUUUGGAUAGCACAUGCCAUUUGUAUUACAAUACAUAAUUAAAUGCUUUUUUUUUUUUUUUUUUUUUUUUGGGGGGGGGGGUCUGUUUGCAUGAAACUCCUAAUGCAGAAUACAUCAAAAAGUCAAAGUAACAUGUAAAAUAUAUUAUGCAUUUACUUAACUCAUCAGUAUUUCUUAAUAUAUUUUAUUUUACACUAGAUCAUAUACUGUUGUGACUUACCUUUAUGAAUAGUUGGAGACAAUACCCUUUUCUAUUAAUAAAAUGUAUUAUUUUGAGUUAUUUUUCGUUAAAUGAUCUUGGUGCCAAAAGAAUAGAAUAGGCAAUUGACCAAACUAAAAUAUCAAGUAGAUAUAUUAUUAUAGAUAUUUUUGUAAAAAAAAAAGAGUCGCUUUCCAUAAAGAUAAUAAGACAAAAUAACCAACCUUUCGAACUGACAUAAAAAAUAAGCAGAGUGCCAGGCCCAGCUGUUUUCUCUUUAUUAGGGCUGAUUUCCGUUCCGUCCACUUUGACGACGAAGCCAAAAACGAAGUAUUUGGAUGUGUUGAGUUUAUUUAUUAUUUCUAUUAUUAUUAUUAUUAUUACUUUUUGAUAGGACUGUAAAAACAAAUUCUCCGUUUUUUUAUACAUAGAACUGUAAUAAACAUUUCGUCAUUCAAAGAAAACGAAGCACAGAAAAGCAGCGGAAGAUUUGUAAUGAUGUAGAUUACAAGAUAACAAAAACUAAUAUGUAUUUAUUAUGGUUUAUAUUACGAUUAAGUAAAUUCGUUCUGGAGGACCAAUCAUGAAGUGAUACAAAUAAUACUUGUAAUAACAAAUAAAGGUAUGGAACAAGUUCUUUA